AUGAUCAAAGAAAUAAGGAAGAAGCCUCUACUUACAAUGCUUGAGGAAAUAAGGAUUCUCCUUAUGAAAAGGUUUUAUCAUCAAGGUCAAGAGGUAUCCAAAUGGAGGGGUAAUUAUGGGCCUAACAUACAAUUGAAGAUUGAUGAAUUUGGGAAAGAUAUGAGGUUGUGGACAAUGGUGCCAAGUGGAGGUGAUGUGUUUGAGACAAGGUAUGGCUAUAAUGGAUACAAGGUUGAUUUAGCUACUCACACUUGCACCUACAGCUUGUGA